AUGGCAGCAUCCAACGGCACCACGGCGCUGCAGUCGGGCAUCCUGCACGGCUGCGGUCGCCAGAAGCAUGGCGCCGUGGUCAACGGCGCAGCCAACUAUGCGCUGGGCCUUCCGCUCAUGCUGCUCUUUGCCUUCAAGCUGCACGGCGGCGCGGAGGGGCUGUGGUGGGGCAUCGCCGCCGCCUCCCUCCUCCAGGCCGCCGUGCUGGUGGCGCUGGUCAGCGGGUUUGACUGGAGGGCAGAGGCGGAGCGUGCGGCGCGCCUGGUAAAGCACCUCUCGAAGGCAGACGGCCUCGGCUCGCUGGCUGAGGAGGGUGGCGAGGAGGCGCAGCUGUCGGGGGCGCGCAGCCUGGAGGCGGCGGUCUCGGGCGACGCGCUGAUGCCGCUGCCGGCGGUAUCGGGGCGUUUCACAAGAGGAAAUUUCCUGAAGAACCCUAUCGUCUCGCUGCAGCGUCUGGUGGUGUAUUGA